ACUUAUUUUAUCCCUUACCAGUCCUUCUUGUAAUCCGCGUUUUGUUUUGUGUUUCCUGUGAGAGCCGUUGUUCUGCCACUCUUUUCAGAGCAACGCGAUUCUCGUUCACUCGUUCAUCUCAUUCGUCGCGUCGCCCUAAACAACUUGUUUUCGUUGCACAUUACUCUAGGGAUUUUGCCCCAGUCGCUCAUUUCCAUCCACCAUGAAUCGCUCACUUUUCUCCAUUUUCAUCGCUGUCUGCGUCUAUGCGCAUUAUGUGUUUGCCUCUUUAAGUUCGAGCGAGAUUGCCAACUCCUUGAAUGAAUUGGCGCAACAAGGUUUCACUGCCAAGGAUCUCGUAUUGGAGAUUAACUCCACCGCCGAUGCCGGUCCAAUGCGUGACGUCUAUACAGAAAUGGAUACAAUGGUCACCGUGGUUCUCACGGAUGUUGAGUUCAUGACCAAUACUCCCAUCAUCACCGAUCAAGCCGAGGAGCAGACCGUAUAUGAAGGGUAUUCAAAUUUCGUACAAUCGCUCCUCGAGCUCAUGGACGCCUUCUCCAGCAGCGCAACCGAGUUGAAGUCGAUUGACUCAACCACCAAGGAUAAAGUCCCUUCGGAAGUUCGCAUCCUGGAGAGUGCCGUGGACGCCUAUUUCUAUAAUAUUAUCGGCCUCUUCCCGGCCAACAGCUCGUACAAUGCCCAAGCCAGUAACCAGAAAGCCCAGGUGGACACGCAUUGCUUCCAGGCUAUCUGGGCAUUUGAUCUCGGUGAUGGCAGUCAGUCUACCACUCAAUCGCGCAGGAACACCUCUCUUCAUACUCGACGCAUGAUGCGAAACUCUGCUUAGGUUGAGCUAUGUAUAUUUUGUAAGGACUACGCGGAGGCGAAUCGUUGACCGGAUGGUGACUAGCGGAGCCCGCUGCUAUGUAUUUCUAACUUUUAAUUAUCUUGUACCAUCUUAAUAUUGUGACUAGCACUUUCAGGCUUUACGCUCAUAGGCGAAAAUUGUUUAGCUGGGUAUAUACUUUGAAUGUAAGCAGAAUCUAGCGAUAUCACCCCUGUGGCAGCACAAACGUCCUGAGGUAGAUAAUGCGUAAAAUAGCCACAGUUCGUAGUUCUUUUCUAUCAUGAGGAAUGCUUUUCAAGG